AUGAUCAAAUCCCCUACUCGAUCAUGGGGCCCAGAUGAUAGCUGGAUGGCGUUCGCGUUCCUUCCACUCAUGUGCCGGUGUGUUUCCAUGAUCAGGGUGUUUACUCUUAGGUUAUCUCCCUCCAUCGACGACCAGGUGCUGGCUCAAAAACUCAUAUUAUGCGGUCGCGUAUUCUAUGCUCUUUAUCUGUGGUGCAUGAAACUCUGCCUGUUGCGGUUUUAUAAACGCCUAGAGACCGGUUCCAACAAAGUUCAUUAUUCCCUUCAAGUCCUGCGAGUCUUCAUCGUGGUGACUUUCCUUGCCACCUUGGCAGCAACAGUUCUUGAAUGCAAACCACUAUACAUAUUUUGGGAUCAUGACUACCUGCGCCAUCCUUGUCGGAAAGGCAUGUCUAAUUUGCUCACAAUGGGCGCCUUGAACAUCGCAACCGAUCUUGCUUUGAUUCUCUUCCCCAUUCCAAUGCUCUGGAGAAUGACUUCGCUCGAUUUUCAGGCAAAGAUACAAUUGACUCUGCUGUUUUUGGUCGGCACUUUGGUUAUUGCAAUAACAAUUACGCGAUUGCCUCUUAUACUGAAUCAUUCUGUCGCUCAAUCUACACGUUCUCUGGGGUCAACUCGGUUGCACAAUCAACCGUCGGCCUAUGUUGACCCGUAUUCACUAUUCCAGCUUUCAUCUCGGCGCAGAGAUGAUAGAGAAGCCCUAAAAGCAAGAUUAGGGGCAUAUGGCAAAUUACCCGGGAGAUAUUCCACAUCGCUACACAACGUCGCAUUGCUGUCACAGCUUAAUGGCAUUCCUUUCACCUCCCCGAUUUUGACUCUUAUCCCCUGCCUAUACUCUUCGGGUCGCCAAAAUUUCCCCGGCUCUCAAAUUCGAGAAAAUAACAUUUUCUUUUGGGCCCGGAAGACUAUCCCUGCCUCUGCUACAAAGGAAUAUGAGUAUGGAGCUCCAAAUUCCUUUAGCUCAUACCGCCUCCCCCCCUCUUCCCCCAUCAACCAGCUUACUAAGAGAUCGUCUUGGUUGAUAGCGGAUGAUAACUAUCUAACGAUGACCGCAACUUUUGCUUUGGCCGUCAGCGAGUUGGACAUUACGUUGGUGCGCACCAGAGUGUCCUUUCGGAAUGGUUUGGCUUCAUUGGAAUUUCCAGAUGCAAUUCAGAAAUCAAAAGGAAUAAAUGCGAUUCCAUUGCUUGCAGUUAAGCUCCCUGGCUACCCUUAUCGGCUAGACAUAUUCCAGUAUUGA